AUGGCAAACUUUUUAGAAGUCGCGCAGCAAUUCACCCAGUUCUACUACAACCAGUUCGAUCAGGACAGGAAGCAGUUGGUUCCUCUCUAUCGUGAAAACUCCAUGUUGACCUUCGAGUCGGCCUCGGUACAAGGCGCAACUGGUAUUGUGGAGAAACUCGCAGGACUGCCCUUUGCGAAGGUACAACAUAAGGUCGCGACCCUCGAUGCGCAACCCAGUGGAGAGUCCCAAGGCAUUCUGAUUCUUGUAACUGGUGCCCUCCUGGUCGAUGAGGAACAGAGACCCAUGAGCUACAGCCAGACAUUCCAGCUCCUUCCCGAUGGUGCUGGCAGCUUCUACAUCUUCAACGACAUCUUCAAGCUGGUUUACGGAUGA